AUGACACAACCAACAUCUAAAAAACAAGGGAUCAAAAAGUGUCGGAGUGCCACUUUCAGCAUUGAUGGAUUCAGCUUCACCAUCGUUGCUAACGAGGGAUCGGAAAAAAACACCCGACAUCCACUGGCUCGCUUUGCACGCUCACGGUCCCAGAAUGCACUCUGCACUGCUGUCAAAGCCGGCUCCACUGAACCCAAAGGGAUCGGGAUCGACCCGCGCAGCUCCGAGGAGAUACUGGCUGACGAGCUGCCUGUCCCUGACUCUGCCGACGCCAUGGAGAGGACUGCUAUCAGGUUGAGAUGUCUCGUGAAGCAGCUGGAGAGGGGGGAGGCUUCUGUGCCCGACCUGAAGAAGAACCUGGAGAACGCUGCCUCAGUCCUAGAAUCGCUUUACAUUGAAGAAACAAGGCGGAUUGUGGACCUGGAGGACGAGCUGAGUGACAUCCAGUCGGACACGGUGCCUUCAGAGGUCCGGGACUGGCUGGCCUCCACCUUCACCCGGCAGAGAGGCCUGAUGCUGCGCCGCAACGAAGACAAGCCGCGCUUCAGAAGCAUCGUCCACGCAGUGCAGGCUGGCAUCUUUGUGGAGAGGAUGUACCGACGAACCUCCAACUUGGCUGGUCUUAGUUAUCCCUCAAACGUCAUCACUGUGAUCAAGCACGUGGACAUGUGGUCCUUCGAUGUGUUUGAGCUGAACGAGGCGAGUGGAGACCACGCUCUGAAGUUUGUCUUCUACGAGCUGCUCACCAGAUACGACCUGAUCAAUCGUUUCAAGGUCCCUAUUUCAGCCCUCAUGUCGUUCGUGGACUCGUUGGAGAUAGGCUACAGCAAAUACAAGAAUCCUUACCACAACCUGAUGCAUGCAGCUGAUGUAACACAGACCAUCCACUACCUGCUGCUCAAGACUGGCAUGGUGCACUGGUUAACUGAGUUGGAGAUCUUCGCCAUAAUUUUUGCAGCAGCCAUCCAUGACUUUGAACACACAGGGACCACCAAUAACUUCCAUAUUCAGACCAGGUCGGACACAGCCAUGUUGUACAAUGACCGAGCUGUCCUGGAGAACUACCACGUCAGCGCCGCCUAUCGACUCCUGCAGUCCGGAGACGAAAUGAACAUCUUCACUAAUCUUUCCAAAGACGACUGGAGAGAGCUGCGGACGCUGGUAGUGGAGAUGGUUUUGGCCACAGACAUGUCCUGCCACUUCCAGCAGAUCAAGGCCAUGAAGAGCUUCCUGCAGCAGCCGGAGACGAUAGACAAACCGAAGGCCUUAUCUCUGCUGCUGCACACUGCGGAUAUCAGCCACCCCGCCAAACGCUGGGACCUCCACCACCGCUGGACCACAUCCCUGCUGGAGGAGUUCUUCAGACAGGGUGAUAAAGAAGCAGAGCUGGGUCUACCUUUCUCUCCUCUCUGUGACCGCAAAUCCACUUUGGUGGCCCAGUCCCAGAUUGGAUUCAUCGACUUCAUCGUGGAGCCAACUUUCACCGUGCUGGCAGAAAUGAUCGAGAGGAUUGUGUCACCGCUUAUCGAGGAAGCAUCUCGCUCUGAGUUGAACGGAUUAAGACACUCUAGUGACCAGAGUAUCGUCUGCAGCGAUGGAAAGCAGUCCAGUGUGAAGUCCAGUGUGAAGUCCAGUGUGAAGAGCACGGGCUCAGAGGGAAGCUGCUCUCUGACCACCGUGGACUUCAAGAGCUUCAAGGUCACAUGGAACCAGGAGAUUCAGCAAAACAGGGAGACGUGGAAGGCCCAGGCAGCCAAAGAUCUGAAAGAAAAGACCAAGAAGGAGGGAGAGGAGGACGGCCUGUUGGAGAAAGACACAGAAGAGGAGAAACAGUCGAGUCCCAACACAGGACAGGAAGAGAGGAAGAGAGAUGUGGGGGGGCAGGGGGAGAGACAGCAGGGGGAGACAACACCUAAAGAGGAGGGAGGAGACAACCACUCAGGUGCAGGAGCUCAGAGCACACACAGGAAGAAACCUGAAGGCCACACGGAGAAGCAGCAGAACAAUGUGCCUCAGCUUGAGUGUCGUCUGAUCCAUUACUGCAAGAGACCGAGCUACACUGCCAGCUCCUACCGGCUGGUCAGGUCAAAGGUCACGGAGAUGCGGCCCAUUGAUGCCCGGGGGAAAGCCCGCAGACUGCAGCGUAUCUCCCUGCGGCGCCGAAAGUGACUUAAAGUGCAUCAGCGUGAUGUCACAUCGUGAGAUAUUACCACAUGAUGAUGGGUCUUUGUUAAUAUUUGCAUAUAGCCUUGUACUUCAGCAGAUCUCCUGCUGAGUUUUAAUCUUGUAUAGGUCACUGUUGAUGUGUUGAUGUAUUAACCCCACCCUCUUUUAGAUGUCUCUCAAUUUAAUUACAGCUCCUAAUUUUUUUGGACUUAACACUUUUUUUUGGAAAAUGCUCCUUCAAACUAUGACUUUUGCUGAAUACAUUUUAAUUUCCUAUUAUCCUUAAUCAUUAUUUCUAUGUUUGAUCAUUUAAAGACAUUUUUUAUUAGGCUUUCCCUUCCCUUCUCUCCCUCUGUUGUCCCGCUGGAGAAAUGAACGUGUUCUUUAAUGUAAUUUAACUCAGUCUCAGUUUAUUUUUAGGCACUGCUGAAUUGUCUCAAACAAUCUCAUUUAACUUAUCAUUUAUCAGAGUAUUACCAGUGAGUCCCUCGCAGAGUUCAGUUUGUGUGCUUUCUGCAAAAAGCAGUCAAAGAGUGAGACAUAAGCCAUACCUGAGGACAGGAGUGGUAAGUAUUAUACUUUAAAUGCUGCACAUUUAUUUAUAUAUAUAAAAAAAACUGAUAGAGUCAAAAAAUAUUUUUAAAUUUAAGAGUGAGAUUAAAAUCUGAGUUUUCUCUCAAGUGUUGAGCUGCAGUGGUGUACUACAGAGUACAUGUAAUCAAGUAGGGGCAAAGGCAAAUAUUAUUACUUUUACUUCAAUACAGGGCUUUGGGAAAUAUACUUCUUGCACCGGAACCAAACCAACGACUCUUUAUCGGUCUUUAAAUACAAUUGUAAAGAUCUUCAUAUGACUUUACACCACAUGU